AUGGAACCCAUCAACGUAGAAAAGUCUCGUCAUGGUUGUCUGGAACAGGGCAUCUCAGCGGUUCUAUCUCGAUGGAAUGGCCUUGAAAUGGCUGUCCAGAACCAGUGGGGUGGCCGAGACUCCACCCGCAAAGCGCAGCAACUCUCUGCCGAUAUUCUCUCUUGGUUCUCUCAAUCCAAAGCACCACCUUACGUGGAAGAUCUAGAAAACUUGUUACAUGAACGCAUGCUUCUGUCUUUCAACACAGACAUAGAGGACGGAAGCAUCGAGGAGGUGGCAGAACAAUUGAUGAUUGUACAUGAGGAAUACUUGCAUGGAAACCAUUAGAGAUAUUUAUGUGUUCUUUUUUUUUUUUAAUAGUCUGAAAGUACUGGUUAGGAUACUUGGACAUAGACAGAGUCAAUUGAAAUUGGCCAGCAAUUCUACUUAGCUUCAAGCUUUGAAUGAAAGCAAGUAGCAUUACACAGGGAGACUAAACAUAGGUACCUGAAACGAGAGCGGUCGAGAUUCGAUUGAUUGAAGCCGAUAUGAGGAGGAUUUCUACAGGGAAUUGGAUACAUUAAUAUUUCUCAGCUUGACACAGAACCAAGAAUUAAAAAGAGCAUUUCAACAAAUCAACAUCUAUGGGAAGAAGAAGAGUAACCCAGAGUCACAGGUAGUAAACUUUUGAGUACAAAUAUACUCAGUUGUAGUGAGUGAUCACAUUGCCUCUCUCUGGCAGUGUUAUCAGUAACUUCCUUAAUGGGUUUCCUCUGUUACAGUUCACUGUAAAAACUACAUAUAUUUUACCUAAGAAACCAUUAAUUCAUGGUAUUAGGUUUCUGCCCUUUUGUCUUUAUAGAAAUUUUCUUCUGCUGGCUCCAUAAUUUUAUUCCGUGAGAAUGUAUGAAAUCUAACAAAACCUUCCAAUCUGUAGAAGACGCUGAAAACUAGAGAUUAGACUAUGUAGAGGAUGACUUAUUUCUAGAUUGGGGCAAAUAAGAGUGACUUGCCACCUCCAUUUAUUUGUUGUGAGUGUUUGUCCCAUGUUGAAAUGUUAAGGGACCUAUCUGGGCUUAUGAGGAGUUGGGCUACUCCCCCAAUAGCCAAUUGGUUUUAGGGUGGAACCUUAACUUCCUUCAUGGUAUCAGAGCAAGACUUCACGUGUUGGGCCCAACGGUCAUACGUGCUUCCACUGUUGUGCGGAAGCGUCAACCAAUUGUGAGGGGAAAAUAAACAACAACUGGCAAGAGAUAAAAAAGAAUAAAACAACACUAACAAGAACACCAAAAUUUAUACUAGUUCGGCAAUGUUACAUCCAAUUUGGAGACGACAGAAUAUUCCAUUAUAAUCAAAUGAGAGAAUACAAUAGUAUUUAACACUCAAUUUCCCAAAGACCCAAGUAACCCAAACUCACACACUCAUAAUAGGAAGAGAAAACUGAAAGUACAAAGCAAAGACAACUUGAGAGAAUUUUCUUCUCUCUGCCGGAUGGCUUCUUGCUAUUUCUCUCUCUCUCUCUCUCUCUCUCUCUCUCUCUCUCUCUCUCUCUCAGUCUUUGGUGCGGCUCAAUCCCACUGGUGCUGCUGCCAUGCUUCUCCAUUUAUA